AACAAAAGGAAGAGUUGUCGACAACGCCAGAGCCUCCGACCACUUUAGAGCCGCCGACCACUACACCCAUCCCUGCAGAGGACGCGCUCAGACACGAAGAGUUGAUAAACGAGAACGUGGAGGUGGGCAUCAUGUUCGCCUCCAAGCCCAUAGUCCAAGCCAUUACUAACCCUUUCGUGGGUCCCCUCACCAAUAAAAUAGGCUAUAGUUGGCCACUAUUUUUUGGAUUAAUUCUACUAUUCUUUUCUACGAUGAUAUUCGCGAUCGGCUCGUCCUACCCGACCCUAUUCAUCGCGCGCUCUAUGCAAGGCAUCGGAUCCGCGUUUACAAGUGUGGCCGGAAUGGGAAUGUUAGCCGAGAAAUAUCCUGAUGACCGUGAAAGAGGCAAUAGUAUGGCAAUAGCUUUGGGUGGACUAGCGUUGGGCGUACUCAUAGGCCCACCAUUCGGGGGCUUAAUGUAUGAGUUCGUCGGUAAAAGUUCACCGUUUGUUGUGUUGGCACUCCUGGCGCUGUUAGAUGGAUGCUUGCAAUUACUCGUAUUACAGCCACAGGUGGUUAAAGAGGAACAGGAGGGCGCCUCGCUAAUGACCCUGAUCAAAGAUCCCUAUAUCCUCGUAGCUGCCGGUGCCAUCACUUUCGCCAACUUAGGCAUCGCGGUUCUGGAGCCUUCGCUACCUUUGUUUAUGAUGGACACCAUGAAGUCGUCCAAUUGGGAGCAAGGUGCUGCCUUCCUGCCCGCGUCCAUCUCAUACUUAAUCGGCACCAAUAUAUUUGGUCCAUUGGGUCACCGGAUGGGACGAUGGUUGGCAUCAAUGCUUGGAUUAAUUAUUAUCGGAUUCGCGUUACUCUAUAUACCAAUGAUAUCGAGUCUAAACCAAUUGAUUAUUCCCAAUGGAAUGAUUGGAUUCGCAAUUGGAAUGGUGGACAGCUCUAUGAUGCCGAUGCUCGGUAGUGUAUAUGCAAUCGGAGACGUGGCGUUCUGCCUGGGAUUUGCAAUCGGGCCGGCCUUAUCCGGAACAUUAGUGAGGUGGUUGGGUUUCAGUGGUCUGUGCUCUAUCACAGCACUGGUAUGCUUUCUAUUCGCUCCGUUCAUGUAUAUCCUGAAGAAGCCUCCGGGAAGGCUCGAGAACCAGACACUGCUUAAGGAGUCGGCCGUUAAAUAUGUGAAUUACACGAACGAAGAGUCACCCGAUGAGGACCUGGACCUCAAGAGGAAUAUAGCGAAGGUUAACCAGAAUUGGGUCCCUUAA